AGUCCUGCUGCCUCCAUCUCUCUUUUGUUCUGAGCCAACGUUCACCAUGACACAGCAUAGAGACGCCUGUUGGACACCAUGACAGCCGACAAGGAGAAGAGAAGGGCGAUUAGCCGUGAGGCAGCCAGACGGAGGCGACGGGUGGAGUCAGAGGUGUUUGAAGAUUUGUCUCGCCUCCUGCCGCUCCAACCGUCUGCACGAGAUCACCUGGACAAGCCUUCAGUGAUCCGCCUCACCCUCAGCUACAUACGCAUGCACACACUGCUCAGAGGGGAGACUGGGACAAAAGCAGAGGCUAGUCACAUGAUCAAAUGUGGACAAGUGAUGAACGGCGGAGAGGAACGUCGCAGGUGUGACGGAGGUCGUGAGGCGGAGGAGGAGAAAGACACGGAGGAUGUGGAGGCCUUGGAGGAGACAAACCUGUACCUGAGGAUCCUGGAGGGGUUUCUGAUCGUCCUGUCCACGGAGGGAGACAUGAUCUACUUAUCUGACAACGUCAGCAAGUACAUGGGCCUGACACAGAAUGAGCUGAUGGGACACAAUAUUUUCGAGUUUACUCACCCUUGUGACCACGAAGAAAUCAGAAAUAAUCUACGUCUAACACCAGAGGAUGUUUGGUGCGGUGCAAAGAGGGACUUCAUCAUGAGGAUAAAAAGUGCUCUCACACACAGAGGAAGAAGCGCCAACCUCAAGUCUGCUACGUGGAAGGUCCUCCACUGUCAGGGCCGAGCCAAGGUGUGUGUCGCCCCGUCUUCAGUUUCCUGUCUUCUGCUGACCUGCCAGCCUCUGCCGCUCUCACACACACUCCUCAGCACACACACCUUCACCAGCCAGCACAGCAUGGACAUGAGGUUCACCUUCUGUGACCAGAGGAUUACUCUGCUUUUAGGUUACAGUACUGAGGAGCUGCUGGGCCGUUCCAUCUAUGAUCUCUGUCACACACUGGACAUUAACCAUCUGACCAAAAAUCACCUCAACUUGUGUUUUAAGAGUCAGUCCGUCAGCGGUCAGUACAGGAUGCUGGUGAGAGGUGGAGGUUACGUUUGGGUGGAGAGUCACAGUGCGGUCAUCCCCAGUGUCCGACCAUCCAAGUCCAGGCCCGGCGCCCACCAGCCGCUCUGCAUCCUCUGUGUGACCUACGUCCUCAGUGGAGUGGAGGAGCCGUCCUUGCAGCUCUCUGUGGACCAGAUGGGACACGUUUGAGCUGUAACAGUCUGCGAAACCAGCAUCCUCCAAGAAACACCAGCCGUCUUCUCUACCUCCAUCUGAGAA